AUGCUCCUGGUCGGCCCCGAGAUAUCUCUGGACUAUCUGCAUUUUUAUACCUCACCAGCCAACGCACUACUACCUAUGGCUGACGAAACAGAAAUCCAAGGGACAACCUCCUCGAGCGAUGUCCCUCCUGGCCACGAAAGCACCGCCUUUAAGUCUCAACCAGACCCAAUGCCCCCUGUGAUUAGGGGUUGGCAUGCCCGACCAGCCCCCUGGGAGGUGCAAUUCGGCCCUCCAGCCAGGCCAACGCAUAGUCAAACCACCAGUCCAACUGGUCAGUUUUCUAGUCAAACUGCUGGUAAAAUUACUAGAGCCUCGCCCCUUACAACUGAAGAUGAUCUCAACCUACUCCGCAUUGCCGUUAACUAUAAAGAUCGGUUCACUACCAUGAAGGGUAAUUCCGUUCUUUAUGAGGCGAUUGCAGAGGUAUGGAGGGCCGAUACUGGGCGGAAAAUCAGUCACCAAACAGUCCAUAAGCACAUCACUGAUAGGCUAAAAGAGCACUCCGCUGUACUUGCUAUACCGGAAACUAGCCGUCCUAAAAUGAACGCUACUGAAGCUGCUAUUUUUGACUAUGCCAAUGAGAUAUACGAAGUGCUACAAGAGAACACAGUAGCAGAGGAACGACGAAGAGAUCUCGCCGCUCGUGCAGAUACUAAGGCUCGUGCAUAUACCGACUCUGUGCGGGAUGAUAUAGCUGAUGAAUUAGUGCAACGAGCAAGGGAUAAAAGGCCAAGGAAUCCGGAAAAUUCUGGCCAGGAAGAAAGUGAGCGUCCAACAGCCCGGCCACGAACGCUACCUCCCUCGCCAUCGCCUUCCUCGCCUUCACUACAAACAGAAAUGGCCUUGUUUCUUAGUAUGAUGAAUAGUCGAGCAGCUAUUGAGGCCUCAACCGGGGCUAAAAAGGAAGAUAUCACUAGGCUAGAAGCUCGAAUUGACAGCAUGGCUACUACUAUGGAGGGGAUGAUGGCUUUGCUCAGAACCCUUACGCAAAGGCUGCCAAGGGCAAGUUAA